GAAUUUAAUUCAACACCGACUUCGAUACGAAACGGACGGGCGCGCGCUUAUGCCGAAUUAACUAGCAUCGUAGUGAAACGUACAAUACUUGAAAUAAAUAACUACAAUAAAUAAGUAUGUAUGUGAAGUGAAAAGUUUGGCAUCUACUGCAUGCGCAAAGUUUGGAUAGAGUAUAGUAAAUACUAGUAGAUAAUUAUGAAUUAAAAACAACAAAAUGUUGAGUGUACUUUUUACAAAUAUUUCGAGUGUUCAUUGUCGAUUCAUAUUCAAUUGGCUUUAAAGGAAACAAAGUCGCAGAAUAAGCUAAAAAUAAAUUAAAACACUCAAUUAAAUGAAUAAAAGUGCUUUUAUUGCGCAUUUGUAAUAAAACUUACACAAUCACGAACGUUUUGCAAAAAUCAAACCGAGGAAUUUUUCAAUAGCUGAACGGGUAUUCAAACUCAUAUAUUCUAGUAAUUAGAGAAAAUAAUCCUACAUAGAGGUCUAAAUUUAAAAUUUUUACGAUAAUCUACAUACAAAAACGAACUUUAAGGAAAAACUCUUUCAACAAUCAAGCAGUCAAUCAAAAGCGUAGAAUACAACCAUAACAAAGUAAAUUGAAUUGCAGUGUCCAUCCAACUUCCGCUCAACUAGAAUCACCAUUACUUGAGUACUCACUUGCAACGCACCAAAGGAUACUUCAAAAUGUUGGCAAACAGUAGGCGAAGCAACCAGAUAUCGAACCAGAAACAUAAAAUGCAACAACACCCUUCAACAUCUUGCUAUUAUACACGCAAUCCGUUACUAAUAGCGGUCACAUUUGGGUUGCUGCAUUUGUUUGCACCGGCCAGUGCUUCCGUGCAUCCGGUGCUCACAUACACAAAUGCCUCCACACAGCUGGGCCAAUUGGUCACCUCCAGCACUUUAGUCUGGGAGACGUACGACCCCAAGGAUCCGAAGCAACUGAAAUUUGCAGUCGAAGGCGGUAAAUACAUUACCAACGACGAACACUAUCCGAUCUAUGUGUGUCGUGUGGCCAUCGAGGGCAUCACCACAAGUGGCCAUACGGAGAAGAUACUACAAUCGCAUGUUUGCGUGGCGGCACACUAUAAACAUGGCAAAUACGAGCAGUUCGAUGUGUUGGUGAAUAAGGGACACCUUGGCAAGAUUAUGUGGAAGCAUUGGCGCAAAUUCAAUGCUGGCAUCCCUAUUGGUGCCAUACGCAUUGGUGAGGAUGACUACAUUGGACGGCACAAGGCACCGCCAAUGGGUGAGAGCGGCACUGAGCAUCGUGGUGCCGAUUACAACUUGGGUCGUUUGGACCCUUUGGGUUUGGGCAAAAUUAAGGUGAUUGAGAAUGGUACCGACAGAGAGUUUGAUGAGGGUGAAGUGUUGGUGGAGACCGAACCGUUCCGUUAUGAGCUGAGAGACAUUAAGUUGGACAGUAUACGUUUGGAUAUGCGCGAAAACAUUACUGAUUUGGCAUCCAGCGUGUUGGCUAAUCGUGGUGAUAUGUACAUCCUAGUAGAGUCAGUGAUGACUUAUGAAUUCGAUCAUGUGCAGUACUGGGGCUCACACGAGGGAGUCGCGCGUGGAUUACCCACAAAAGUCUACGAGAAAGAUGCUGUUGUACCAGCCGAAAUCAAAUGGGGACUGAAAUAUGUAGAGAAACGCUCCGAAACGAAGUCCGUGCAUACAAAACUCUGGCCUGGUACAGCUCUGAAUGUGACACUCAAGGGCAACUAUGUGACGCUGGAAGCGCCCUACACCGCCAAACUGUAUGCCUUCUAUUAUGGCAUUGACGACAGCGUGUCACGAAAGAUCACAGCGGAGGUGCGCAAGAGCUACUUGAAGGAUGUCAAACUCCAUUUCAGUCCCGUGUAUUGGAUUGAGAAUGGCACCAUUGUACCCACCACAACCACAACUUCAACCACAUCCACUUCCACCACUACAAAUCCAACCACCACUAGCCACGAACCGGUGCCCAUGCACGAGCCGCCAGUGGUGCAAUUGAAGGACGUUGGCGUAACGCAUUCGGGUCCCGAUUCUUUGGAGAAAUCGUUGCACGACUCACCAAGCAGCAAUGAAAUUCCCAGUGAUGUACCCGAGAAUUUAGCUGCCGAACAACAGAAGCCAUCGUUGGCUGGCAUAGCGGCAACAGGUAGUGGGCAACAAAUACAACAACAAAAGUACAUGCUGAUGACAACGCUGAGUGCGGUGACGCUAUGGGGACUAAUGACGCUGCGACGCAUUUAGAUUGGCAUGGCUACACCUCCAAUGAGUGUUUGUCGGUAGAAGGCAAAGUAGGCGAGAGAGUUGAGCAGCUGUGUGGUUGGAUUGAGCAGCUUUCUGCGUGUGGUGUUGUAGGCUUAAGCGAUUUAAAUGAAAUUUUGCAUAUGAUUUGCAAGCGCGAUGCGCCUGCAGUUGGCUAGAGCGUGUCCAUUUUUUUUUUCAAUAAUUUUUUUAAGCUUCGUAAAGGAGUAUUGUAAUUUAAAAAACCCCUUUCUUCGAGUUUGUUUUUGUUUGUUAGCUAUUUGUAUUUUUUGAGCAAAAAAAAAAUUGAAAUCAAAAAAAAAAGUAUGGGCAAAGAAAAAACAAUAAGCAUAAAGCAAAUAGGAAUACAAUAAAUAAUGGAAUUUUCUAAAAAUUAUAAUGAAUGAUGAUAAUCAAUAAGUAAAGAAAAUGUGAAAAAUCCCAACUGGUCUAAACGAGGGGUUAAACAAAAUGUAACAAAAAUUGUAAUGGGCAUAAAUUGAAUUAAGCGUAGAGUUUAGCGUUAGUGUUUAGUUGUUGUUGUACCUGUUUUAACCGUCUGCAAAUUGUAUAGCGCAAGUGAAGCAAAAUGUGUACUCGUAUUUCUAGAUAUGCAGGUGAAAAGUAAGUGAAAAGCAAAAGCAAAAGCAAAGCAAGCCAACAGAAUAUGAAAUGCAAAUAAAACUGAAAUAAAGAAACAAUAGUUAAAAAAAUACAUAAAAAUAAAAAUAAGAACAAAUGCAAAGAUGCUAAUAACAGCAAUUUUUGAAUUUUGAAAAUGCUUUUGAAGACGGUUUGGAUAGGCUAAAUACAUAUACAAAAGUAUAUAUAAUGUAUACAGAUGUAUGUAUGUAUGCAAAACAAAGCAGUUGAGGGCAAACGAGAAUUGGCUGCUGAAGCAAGUGAAUAGUGUUUGUAUUUAUUUACGAAAUUAGCGCUAAGUUACAUUAUUGUAUAUUAUAUUUAGUAGUAAUAAAUAAAGCAAAUACAAAAACCAACUAAAUAAAACUAAAAAAUACGUAUAAUUACCACUUUGAGUUAAGCGAGAACAAAAAACAAAAAUUUACAAAAAUUUGUUCGAAAGAUUUGCUUUAUAAGAAGAAUUUUCUAAUUACAAACUGAGUUGCAACAUUCCUGCAUUUUCUAAAAGUAUGCUAUUUUUCAGUUUUUAACGUUGCCAAUAAAAUUUCUGUAAAAAAAAUGCAAAACAGGUUUAAUUUGCUAGUGGUUAUAGAUUAUUUUUAUUGUUUUUAAAUUCGCUGCUAAGGGGAAAAUCCUUGAUUUUCAUAAAAAGUGUUAAUCUGCCUUCACUCCCUUCCAAAGCUGAGGCGCGUUUUACACUCAAGUGAAGUGAAGUUUUUACGCCGCGUAAUGCUGUUCUGCUGACUUCCUUCAGUAGGUAGUAAAAAAAAAACAAAGCGGUGCGUUAAUACAUUCGACAGUUAGAUUGCUUGCAACUAGCAGUGUAAUCUAGAUUUGUAAACGUCAAAGAAUUGCCACUGCAGCAGCGAGUUUUGUGCUGUUCGAACUACUGCAAUCACUUGAAAUACUGCUUUCUUUUUUGAGAAUAUGAGGUUCUGAACUUGCGCUGAUUUGAUACAUUCCACACGAUAUUUUAAUUUUUAAUUUUUUUUCGUUUCUCUUGAUUGCUGCUUUGACGAGUAAAGGGCCUCUGCAAGGCUCCUCCAACGUACGCGGUUAGAUGCUGUCGUCUUAGCAUUAUCCCAGUUGUGUUUAUGGAGGUUAAGUCAUUUAGGACGAAUCUUUUCCAGCUGUUCUUUGGUCUGCCGCGGCUUCUGCUUCCCAAGGAUUCCAAUCUAUGGCCAUUUUUGUGAUUCCACACCGUAUUAUGAUAUUCCUUAUUAUAUUUUUUUAAUUCGCAAAAAUUCAGUUCUAGCUAAUUGUUCCUAUUCGAGGUGUAUUUGCGCUGAACUUAGUGAUGCGGGAUUUAAAACAUUUGUUAACAAAUGGAAACUCUAAUUUUUUUACUUUUCUAUUAAUAAUUUUUAUAUAACAUUUUUCUAUUCAAGUAUUUCGU